CUUGGACAGGACUGUUGCGCUUGUGAGCUACGACCGCAGCGAUGGUGAGAGUUAAGUUGAGAUACCUGUUGGUCAAGAUACACUCAGAGACGAAAAUAAAGGCCUCUGAACUGACGUGGAAGAAUCUGGAGAAAGAAAUAAUAGCAGCACUAUUCAGUUUACAUGGAGACUACGGUGUGGCACAGUGUCGCCAGUGGUUACAAGUGAAGUAUGUCGACCCAGAGUUGGGCGUGGCCAUAGUCCGCUGCGGCCGUCCGCAGUUUCUGCUGGUGUCUACCGCCAUGACUACUAUCAUCUCCUUGCAGAAGACUCCCAUCACUUUAAGGGUCUGCCACGUGUCAGCCCGCACCACCGGCGUGAUCGAUGCGUUAACUCAGCGCGUGCGGCUAGACGAAGCCACAGGUGAGGCAAACCAGAAAGUGCUCAGCAAAGUUGAGAUGGAUAUGGGGAACAUAGGUUUCUAGUAUCUUAAUCGGGAAUAGACGCCGUGAAAGAAAAAAACUAAAACUUAGGGCGCCAGCAUCAAUAUCAGCAUCAACACCGGCA